ACGCGCGCUGCGUCAGGUGCAUGGCGUCCCAACUGAGGCGCUCGUCGGAUCUCGCGCACACCGACGCGUCCGGCGCGCCGCAUAUCCGGAGUCCAUGUCGAAGUUGUACGCGCCGCUGGCGCCGGCGCCGCAACACACCCUGGUCAUCGCCGCCCCUUCCAACCUUGCUCUGCUCAGGGACGGAUCCAGGGAUGCAGCGGGCUGGAGCCUCCUACCCCUACGUAGCCCAUGGAGCUUCCUAAAGUUUUUCCAACAAUUUUCAACUAUGAAUGAAGAAAAUGAGGGAGAUAACGAGAAGGAAGAAGAAAAAAAAAGAGGAAGGAGGAAGGGAAAGAGAAAAUUAAACCCCUUCUAGAUUUGCAUCGUAGAUCCAUCACUGGCCCUGCCGGCGUCCCUCAGCAUCCGCACGUACGCGUAGAAGUAGUCGGCGUAGGCGACCGUGGCGCUCGGGUAGGAGCGGCGCAGCUCACGGACGCCCUGCUGCAGCCGAGUUGACCAGGUCGACCGAGUCAACCUCCUUCAGACCCUGACCAUCAGGACCGUCCAUCGCACGAACGGACGGCUCUCGGGUCACAGAGUCGCUCCUCUCCGAGCAGGGAACAAACGCCGCAGUGGAUAACACAGCAGCCGUCGGCCUUCCUCCCCCAAACCCCACCCAAACUCCGCCUCCGCGCCAUGGUCGCCCGCACGCGCCUCCCGCUCCCGCCUCCCGCCCCCUCUCCCCACACCGCCACCGGCGCCGGCGGUGGCGGCCGCGGCGUGGAGUUCCGCCGCAAGCUCCACUUCCUCUCGUCCGAGCUCCACCUCGACCCGUUCCCGCUCCUCGCCGCCAACCCCGCGCUCCGCUCGGCGCCGCUCCCGCUCCUCCGCGACUCCCUCCGCCUCCUCACCUCCCACGGCCUCUCCGCCCGCGACGCCGCGCGCGUCUUCUCCGCAUUUCCCACCCUCCUCACCUCCCCGCCCGGCGAGCCCCUCCGCUUCCUCUCCGCCGACGCGCCGCUCCCGCCGCCGCACCUCCGCGCCGCGGUGCUCCGAUCCCCGCGCCUCCUCGCCGCGUCCGUGCCCGACACGCUCCGCCCCGCUCUCCUCUUCCUCCGCCGCCGCGUCGCGCUCCUCCGGGAGCCGCUCCCGCUCGCCGCCGCGCUGCUCCUGGCGUUCUCCGUCGAGCGCACCCUCCUCCCCAAGCUCCUCUUCCUCCGUGACGCCACGGGGCUCCCUGACCCCGCCGUCUGCGCGGUCCUCAGGCGCGCGCCCGCCAUCCUCUCCUACGGGAUCGAGACCAACCUCACGCCUAAGCUCCAGUUCCUCGCGGAGCGCAUGGGGAGGGACCCCGCGGUGGAGCUGUCCGAGUUCCCGCACUACUUCGCUUUCAGCUUGGAGGGGAGGAUCAGACCGAGGCACGACGCGUUGAGGGAGAGGGGUAUCGAAAUGUCACUCAAAGACAUGCUCACAAGCAACGAUGACGAGUUCAGGGAGCGGCUGAUCAAGGCAACUUUGUCAGACACCAAGGCGACGUUGUGAGCUUGCAUUCAGAAGCACUAUGUGCUUGGUAGCUGCAAUGUAUGAAUGGCAGUGCUUUGAGUUCGGGUUCAGCUAAACAAGAUUAUCUUACAACAUUACCAAUGGCACCGGCAGCAAUUUGGGACGUAAACUAUAUUUCACAUGUCAUUUCAAGCGCAGCCUUAACGGUAAGGCUAAGAUAUAUGAAGUUCUCCAGGAGAUAGGCAUGGAAAUGUUGCCUGACUGAAUGGCUGAACGGACAGUGAUGGGGACAGCGAUAGGCAUCGAAAUAUCACUUAUACAGUACUAUCAUAUAAGCAGCGAUGGGGACAAAAAUUAGAUGCCACGGCUAAAGGUCCAUCAAACUCAAGUUAUGUUUCCUCUACUUGCUGUGGUGGAAGAUGAAGAAUGGGCCUGAUGCAUGAGUUGUAGGAGAACAAUGGGCAGUGAUGAAUAGCCAUGGAUCUCCCUGAACAUAGGUGUGUGGUAAUCAUCUGGAGUCCAGAUGAGUUUUAAAAUAGCUCUUUGCUUCCUUUUGCUUCGCCCCCCCCCCCCCUUCUUUUUGGCCCAGUUGCUUUAGGGAGAGGUGUAGAUUUAACAGAAACCAACUUGUAUUCAUACUGUUUGUUAUUAUGACUAAGGGUUUUCACGAAUCUUUUAAAUGCAAUCGUUGCAUUAUUUAAUUUCGGAAUACUUGAUUAUGGCUGUCA